AGUACUCUAAAAUUAAGUAAUGAUCGGAUUAUAGCCCACCAUUGCUCAAACUACCUAACCUAUCACUUAGUAACCAUCUAUAAUAUUUGGCUAAAGUAAUACAUUUAUUCUAAAAUAGCUUAAACAUUGCCAACAGCCUAAACAUAAUUAGGGUUAUUGACUUAACCUUUAUAAUAAACUACUCAAAAUACAUAGCCUUAAUAGAAUACAUCAUUACCUUUGUAGCCUACAAUUCAAACACAAUAGAAAGCUGAAUUUGAGAAUCUAGUUAAGUAUUAUAAGGAUAAACCUGAAUUAGUAAAUAUGCUUGCUAAUUUUCAUAGACAAAAUAAUAGGAAUUGUUAUUAUUCAUGUAACAAACUAAGUAUUUAAAAAACAGAAUAUAGAAAAAAUUUCUAAAACAAAUUCAUGUUAAAUAAACUUAAUGUAUGAUUUAAAUUUAUUAUUAUAGAUUUAUUGGUUGACACUCUCAGUUAGAAAGUUUGUUAAUUAUUUCAAAAAUUUAACUUAAAUGAACGUAAUUUGGAAUAUACAAAAAAAGAUGAAUUAUAAAGAUUGAGUUAAAGAAUCAAAGCAGAUUAAGAAAAACAAAAUUUAUUAUUUUAAUCUUAAAUUAAAGUUAAAGAUCUUUAUUCCUUUUAAGUGCCAUUAUAUUUAGAAAUCAAUAGCAAAUUUUAAAUGAAUAAAAAUGUAAAUAAAAUUAGCAUGAUUUAUAGAUUAUUAAUACAAUUUAAAAAAAAGAAAUACUUACAUAAAAUAGAUAAAAAAGGGAAUUAUUAAAUUUAUUACAUGAGAAUAAAUAAGAUUAAAUUUAAACAAAAUCAGUAACAAUCAAAUCUAUUUCAUUUAAUACACACAAUUAAUUCAUAAUUGAAAAAUUAUUUAAAGAAUAAGAAUUUUAUGAAAAAUUGGAGCAAUUUAUAGAAUUAUAAAAAAAACUAUAAUAAAAUGAAACAGUUGAUAAAAAUGAUUAUUACGAAUCUUUAUUUUCAUGUUUUGUGAAUAUAUAAAGUGAUCAUAAGGAUAUAAUGAGAUUACUUUCUCUUCAAUUUAAAGGAAUAUAAUUUUAAUCUGAUACAAUCCAACAAGAUCUUAUUUAAAACUCAAUAUAAAUAUUAGAAGCUGAGAUGAAUAAGAGAAUUGGUAUUUUGGAUUUAGCAAAUAUUAAUUGUAAUUAAAAAUAAUAAUUUUGUAGAGAAAUUUAAAGAUAUUUACUAUGAUAUAUUAUCCAAAGAACUCACAAUUUAAAAAAUUGACUAAUAUUAUCCAAGUGGAAUUUUAUUCUUGCUAAUGAGAUGUGGAUAACUUAAAUAAGCAAAAUAAAUUUUGUUUUAAUUUCUUAAACAUUAAAAAUAUCAAUUAUUCUUUGAACUUUUGGAAAAUAAAACGUAUAUAUUUGAAUAUAAGUAGUUAAACCAAUUAUUAGAAGAUAUAAAAGCUUGAUUAAUUUAGUGUUGAUGAUUUAUUUGAACAAUGCUAUUUAAUUGCCUUUGAUUCAGGAUCAGUAAAGGAGGUCUUUUAAGAUAAACAUUUUACAUAAGAUUAAGAUUUAUUUUUAUGGAUGACUCUAAAAACAACUCAUAUUCAAAAUGGUAAUGGAUGUGAUAAUUGGACAUUAAAUGAUUUGUAAGAUGCUAUUCCUAGAAAUAUUGGUUAUAGAAUGGAUAUACUUUUACAAAGAUAUGAUGAUGUACUUUAAGAGAUUAAUAAAACAUCUGCUUCCUUAGUUUCUAAAUUAGAAUAUUUUACAUUAUUUUUUAUUAUACGAUCCCUUUUAGAUAUACAAAACGAUAGCACUUUUGCAGAUAUGGAUUUAGUAUUAAAUGGAAUCCUUGGAUAAGUAUUUGAAUAAUAUCCAGAUAUUGGAGGUUUAUUAAUUAUUCUUACUGAACCUGAUCUUUCAUAAGCUAUUGAUAAAAUUCAAGCAGAAAUGAUGAAAUAUCAAUAUAGUGUUGAAGUGUUUUAGAACAAAAAAAUCUUAGAAAAUUUUGAAAAUAUGUUUGGUGACAAUCAAAGAACACAAGAUUUUAUUGAAUCUAUUGUCUAAAAAUAAUUUUAAUAAAAUCUUUUAGAAUAGCAUAGAGAUUUUAUUGAAAAUAUCAUUAAAGGAAAUAAUAUUGUAAAUUUAUAAAUUUAAUUAGAACGAAUUACUUUCUAUACAUAAAGCAUUUAUCUCAAAAUUUGAUAUGAUGAUGGAAGAACUCAAAAGUUAUUUAUCAUCCAUAAAAACAAGUUUUAUUCAUCUUGCAAUGAAUUUAUAUUAUAUUUCUGGAAUAGUUCUAUUGACAUCAGAAUGUUAAUUUAAUUUGAAAGCUCAAGAAUUAAAAUUGAUUUAAAGUACUUCAAAGAAAGUUCUUGUGAAGAACAACAAUAAUCCUAAGCAAUAUUAUAAUCUGUUUUCAAGAAUAUAUUAAAUUGCUGUUUCUAAUCCUAGAGAAAAGCAUUGUUUUGAUUUGUUGUAAGCUUUUAACUUUUUGAUUCAAUCCAGUAAAAUAGAACAAUUUAAUCACAGUAAAUUCAGACAAUUUUUACUUUUAAUUGAUAUAUCAAAAUUAACAAAAAUUCUACAAUCUAACAAAUAAUUGUAUAUGUUAAAAUUAUUUUUUUGGUUAACAGAAGUUAUCCUUGAAAUUCACGAUUAAAAUAUGAAUGAAUACAAGUAUAUUUUUAUAAUAACACACAUUAGAGACAUGAAAGAAACAUUUUAAAGAUUGAUUAAUAAUAAAUCAUAUCAAAAUAAUGCUCUAAAUUCUUUAUUUUUAAUAAAUAAAGAAGUAGACUUACAUUUUUAAGAUAUUAAAUUAAUGCCAAAAUGA